AUGGCGGCUUUGCUGCCCUUGGCCCUGGCCCUGCUGCUGUGGCAACCGUUGCUCCUGGCAACCACACGGGCGGCCCAGUCCAGCGAACGGCGCGUGGUGGCGCACAUCCCCGGCGACAUCAUCAUCGGUGCACUCUUCUCCGUGCACCACCAGCCGCCGGCUGACAAGGUGCACGAGCGCAAGUGCGGCGCCGUGCGCGAGCAGUACGGCAUCCAGCGCGUGGAGGCCAUGAUGCACACGCUGGACCGCAUCAAUGCCGACCCCAACAUCCUGCCCAAUAUUACUCUGGGCUGCGAGAUCCGCGACUCCUGCUGGCACUCGGCCGUUGCCCUUGAGCAGAGCAUCGAAUUCAUCCGUGACUCGCUAGUUGCUGCCGAUGAUGCCGACGAGGCUAGGGGCGGGGGCGGUACCCGGUGCGCCGACCCCGGGGCCACACCCAUGAAGGGGAAGAAGCCAAUUGUGGGCCUGAUCGGGCCGGGUUCCAGUUCCGUGGCCAUCCAGGUCCAGAACCUGCUGCAGCUGUUCAACAUCCCGCAGAUUGCAUACUCAGCCACCAGCAUGGACCUGAGUGAUAAGUCCCUCUAUAAGUACUUCAUGAGGGUGGUGCCAUCUGAUGCACAGCAGGCUCGGGCCAUGGUGGACAUUGUCAAGAGGUAUAACUGGAGCUACGUCUCUGCUAUACACACAGAGGGUAACUACGGUGAGAGUGGGAUGGCGGCGUUUAAGGAGAUGGCUGGGAAGGAGGGGAUCUGCAUCGCGCACUCUGAUAAGAUCUGGAGUAACGCGGGCGAGCAGAACUUCGACCGGCUACUCCUGAAGCUUCGUAGCCAUCUGCCCAAGGCCCGCGUGGUGGCCUGCUUCUGCGAGGGCAUGACCGUCCGCGGCAUCCUCAUGGCGAUGCGGAGACAGAACCUGGCCGGGGAGUUCCUGCUGGUGGGCAGUGAUGGGUGGGCAGACCGUUAUGAUGUGACAGAUGGAUAUGUGCGAGAGGCAGCAGGCGGCAUCACAAUCAAGCUUCAGUCAGCGGAUGUGAAGUGGUUUGAUGAUUACUACCUAAAGCUGCGACCUGACACCAACCUGAGGAACCCCUGGUUCCCUGAAUUCUGGCAACAUCGUUUCCACUGCAAACUGAAGGGUCACCCACAGGAGAACCCAAAAUUCAACCGAACCUGCAGCAAACGGGAUUCACUGCGUCAGCAAUAUGCUCAGGACACUAAGAUGGGCUUCGUGAUCAACGCCAUCUACAGCAUGGCGUAUGGACUGCACAAAAUGCAGAAAGUGCUCUGUCUCGGCACCCCGGGACUAUGUGAUGCCAUGAAGCCCAUAGAUGGAGCAAAGCUCCUUGAAUACCUCAUGAAGACCAACUUCACAGGGGUCUCUGGGGAGAACAUUCAGUUUGAUGAGAACGGAGACUCUCCGGGGAGUUAUGUAAUAAUGAACUUUAAGAAGAUGGGAAAGGACUACUAUGACUACACUAAUGUAGGGAGCUGGGAUAAUAGCGGCUUGCAGAUCGACGACGACGAGAUCUGGCCGAGUAAAGAUGCCAUCAUCAAAUCUGUCUGCAGUGAACCUUGUGCCAAAGGCCAGAUUAAGGUAAUCCGUAAAGGAGAGGUGAGUUGCUGUUGGACAUGUACUCCCUGUAAGGAGAACGAGUUUGUAUUCGAUGAGUACAGCUGUAAGGCUUGUGACCUUGGCUCCUGGCCUACCGACGACCUCACCGGCUGUGACCCCAUCCCGGUGGAGUAUCUCCGGUGGGGCGACCCUGAGCCCAUCGCCGCUGUGGUCUUCUCCUGCCUUGGCCUGAUGGCCACGUUCUUUGUCACCUUCAUCUUCAUCAUUUACCGGGACACGCCGGUGGUGAAGUCGUCCAGCCGUGAGCUGUGCUACAUCAUCCUGGCGGGCAUCUGCCUGGGCUACCUCUGCACAUUCUGCCUGAUUGCCAAGCCGCGCUUGGUCUAUUGCUACCUGCAGCGCCUGGGCGUGGGUCUCUCCCCAGCCAUGAGCUACUCUGCCCUGGUCACCAAGACUAACCGCAUUGCUCGCAUCCUGGCCGGGAGCAAGAAGAAGAUCUGCACCAAGAAGCCGCGCUUCAUGAGCGCCUGCGCCCAGCUGAUCAUUGCCUUCAUCCUCAUCCUCCUCCAGCUGGGCAUCAUCGUGGCACUGUUUGUCAUGGAGACUCCCGAAGUGGUCUUUGACUACCCGUCCAUCCGAGAGGUGCACCUCAUCUGCAACAUCACCAACCUGGGCGUGGUGGCACCGCUGGGCUACAACGGCCUUCUCAUCAUGAGCUGCACCUUCUACGCCUUCAAGACGCGCAACGUGCCAGCCAACUUCAACGAGGCCAAGUAUAUCGCCUUCACCAUGUACACCACCUGCGUCAUCUGGCUGGCCUUCGUGCCCAUUUACUUCGGCUCCAACUACAAGAUCAUCACCACAUGCUUCUCGGUGAGCCUCAGUGCCACGGUAGCACUGGGCUGCAUGUUUGUGCCCAAGGUCUACAUCAUCCUGGCCAAACCGGAGCGCAACGUACGCAGUGCCUUCACCACCUCCACCGUGGUGCGCAUGCACGUGGGCGACGGCAAGGCGGCAUCAUCCGCUGCCAGCCGCUCCAGCAGUCUCGUCAACCUGUGGAAGCGGAGGGGGUCGUCUGGCGAAACACUCAGCUCCAACGGAAAAUCAGUUACAUGGGCUCAAACGGAGCGCAAUUCCAAGGGCAGUCACUUGUGGCAGCGUCUGUCCUUCCACAUCAAAAAACGUGAGAACAACCAGACAGCUGUCAUCAAGCCGUUUUCCAAGACCUCAGAGGGGCGUUACUGUGGUGGGACUGACCUCACACCAGACAGUGCUAACAACAAGAUGCUUUAUGAAGUCACAGAAGCAGAAGAGCGAUAUCCAAUCACGUAUCGUCCCCAAACCCCCUCACCAAUCAGCACCGUGAGUCAGAGAGCAGGAGGAGCUUUGGGGAGGGUCCCAGCUGCUGAUGACCAGGUAGUAUGUGUUUCUUCAUACAUGAGCCAGUCGCCCCGCAGUGGCAGCGUAGCAUGUGUGGGUGGAGCUGGAGGUGGUAGUGCAUCGCAGGGAUCACUGAUGGAGCAGAUCAGCUGCGUGGUUAACCGCUUUACCGCGAACAUCAGUGAGCUUAACAGCAUGAUGCUCUCCAGUUCACCACCAGGAGGCACCAUGGGGUUGUCCACAAGCAUGUCUGCACAUGCUCACUCCUCCAAUUGCCCACCACCCUACUUCCUCCCGCGAGAAGUCUCCAUGCCUACCACCAUGACCACCUAUGCUGAGAUCCAGCCACUCCCACCAGUGGAGUCAAAUGGCGGUCGGCCACCACCUUCUUGCCCCCUACCUAACUCUUCCAGGGGUGCAGGGAAAAGGAGCUCUCCUGUGCCUAGUGUCAAAGAGCUGAUGGUGGGCACAGCCUCAGCAAUCGAUUCCCCGGUUAUGAAGGACGAGCUGGAGGAACUGAUGGCCCUAACACCUCCUUCACCCUUUAGGGACUCUGUGGCAUCAGGGAGUGCCUCCCCAAACUCCCCCACUUCCGAGUCAGGCCUGGGCCCCACCCCAUCACCCAAGUACGAGUGCCUAGUACUGCGGCACUACAGCCAGAGCUCCUCCUCAUUAUGAGGACUGCGCUCAUAGGAGAGAAGGAAUGUGGAUGGAGAUAUCCAGAGGGGAGAAAAUCAAAAUAAAAUAGGAAGACUUAUGCAGGUGGUUAAGGAAUGCCUAAAGACUGAUAUACUAUAUAGUGUGCGUGUUUACAUGUUUUCACUGUUGGAUCUGACCAGUAAAGGAAGUUACACCGUGUCUUCUAAAGCUUCUUCUGAUUGAAACAGUUUACAGACAGCCUGCAUCUGACAUACCACAAUGUACUACUCUGGUUAUUGUUUCUUCAGUUUGUUUUGGUAGUGGCCUUAAACAAACAUGGCUUUUGUCUAAUUAGAGAUGGUUUUAUGAAGAUUAAUAAAAAACGUGCGUUUUUGUGUGACUGAGAGAGAAAACUGGGGACCCAACCUGCAGGAAUCUCACAAUGUUGUGGGGACUGUUCCUGCUAUCAUAUGGCUCUCAGAGGCUGGCAUAAUCACAAAUGGAGUUUUUAAAGGGCUGGCCAGAGAAACAGAAGCGCUGCAAAUUGCAAAAGAAUCAUUAAGUGUGGGCUGAACUAUCUGGCACACACACAUUCACAAACAUAUGCAUACACACACACAUACACACACACAUACUUGUGUAUACCCAGAGGAUGAGAUAUUAAGAUGCUGAGAUGUUUGGAGACACUAAAUAAUGUUUUAAAUGGAAUUAUACUUCAAAAGGUUAUUUAUUCUGGUGAGAAGUCUAUGUGGGGCUGAUGGCCUGAUCUGACAGACUCAGAAACAAAGUGCUUUCAUUUAUUUACUCCAAGGUCCUGUAAAUAUACAGUGAUAACAUUUUGUCACAUGAAUUUUUCGUUUAUUAUUUUUCAUUUGCUCCCUCUUUUCUUUUAUGGUUUCUUUUUUCUUUCCUUCAUUUGCUGUCUCUAUGUGCUUCUCAAAAUCCAGGAAUAUCUUUUUGUGUGAUUUAGAAUGAUAAAUGUAUGUUAUUGUGAAUCUUAAAAUGUGGGACCAAACUUCUUGUACCUUUUGUCUUUGCUCUUGUUUAGAGGUGUUCGUUUACAGAGUCACAUGAUUCUGGCAUUUUUGAACACAAUACUAGUGAAUCAAAUACUAGUGAAUCUAACAUUAUCAAAUAUAUUCCAGCAUCAUCAGAGUGGUUCAAGCAUACCACAUUGCAUUCCAGUGAGUCAAAAUGAUUCUGGUGAAUUAGGCUGAUUCACUGCCAUCCACUUACCUAAUGACACUCAAUAAUUCAUAUUAUUUAAAUGCUGAAAGUUUCAAAUACAUAUUUGUUAUGUGGACAUUUUUGUCUAUUUCAUUUAUAAAGGGCUUUUGAGUAAAUAAUUGCAUUUAAUUAGAUACCACCCACCCAUUUUUACCCUUCCCAAGAGACAGAAAUGCUUUUGAACAUUUCAAAAGAAAGGUCUGACUGGUUUUUAAUCCGUUUCAGUCCUAGUUCACCAGAGUGUCACUGCUGAAUCAUUUCCACCUCCCUGUCAUAAUGAUUGUGAACAUACAAAGGGCAUGCUUACAGAACAACAUGGUUCAUCACCUCAUGGUCUAAUGAAAACAUCUCCAUUACCAGUUAGCAAAAUUUGACAUUCAUUUCCUGAGAGAUCUUUAUUUAUUUUUUACAAAUAAUCAUAUCCACAUGUAUUAAAUGUGUUCUAAUGAAUGUGAGGCUAUUCAAAUAUCUAGUGAUUAUAUACAGAAUACAAAGUACUAUAUGAUAUAGUGCCAAAGGGGUUAGGUACAUGGGAUGACUGAUGGGGGACUAUAUGUUUAUUUCAUAAAAUAAUGUCAAAUGUUUUAUAGUAAUGGAUGCUGUGUUCCUUUUUUAAAGAAAUAUAUAAAUAUUCCAGUUCUCGAGACGUACAGCAAUACUACCAUGAAUAUACACAAAGCACCUAGAAAUGCGAUGAUAUUCAUGCUAACUGAGAUUAAGUUUCAUGAUCAUUUAAAAUGUCUCUUUUGAUUGCCAACCAUUUUUAUUGAUUAUACUGGUUCUUAUAUUUUUAUUUAUUCAUUUGGAUCCAUGUGCUUCAGAUACAAAAUUGAAAUGUAAUAGACACAGAUAUAACCACUGAUAUGUAGGGUAUACCUACUCCACCAGUCUGCCACAGAGCAAUACAAUACCAAUGGAUAUUUUUAAGGUGAUGUGAACAUGCUUCUUUCUAAGAUGUGGGUUUUGGAAAGUAUAAGCACACAGUUCCACAGAAAUGCCCUAUCAAAAGUUUGGACACACAGAGUUUGAUUUCUUUUCUUUUUUACCUAAAAUGCCCCACCAGCAAGUGUAUUUUUUUUUUUUUUUUUUUUUUUUUGCUUUAUUACUUUAGUUCCUCAGACAAUGUAUCAGAAGACUGCAAAACUGUGGUCAUGGUGACAACCUUGAAGAAGAGUCUAAAAUAAAAGAUUUUUUUAAAUUUAUUUAUUGCUUUUUCUGGUAACUACAUAUUUCCAUAGCUUAAUGGAUUUGUCACUGUCAUUGUUUUUUAUUCAUAUAUGGAAAAGUGUAUAAAUAAAAAAGCAAAAGUGUCCAAACUUUUGACUGUAGAGAAGAAAGCUUUUCUGGCUUGCCUGCACACCGCUAGGUUUUAACUAAAGGAAUUAUGAAUAAUAACUUAUUUAAUAUUAAGUAAUAACUUGAAUAAUGUCUAUAAAAUUAAUGUACAUUUUGGCUCAUAAUAUCCUCUACAAUCUUAAUCUCUUCUAUAAUCAUAAUACCCUCUUGGCCAGCAACCUCAUCCCCAGAAGUCCAGACUGGGUUCAGGCUUUUUCUACCAAAUGAUCAAUAAAUAUCUGACCUGCUCUGAAUCAGAUUGGACACUUGUGUCUUCUAUACUAAUUGCAUUUGGAAAGUUAUUUGAAAUUUUUCUGUCGUUAUUACUUGGCCUUUUGGUAUAAUAUUUGUAAUUUAAUUAGGCAUUAACAGUGCUUAAAUUUUAACACUGAUUUUUAAUUGAUUAUGAAUUAAAAUUCUCCAUUCUACAUGUUGCAAUACCGGAGGGCUGUGGCAUACAUGGACAGGUCUAGACAAUGUGUAGUCAAGUGACUUUAAAAAACACUAACAUUUUACAGAAAAACUCAAACCCAGCAAAAUUUGUCUAUCCUAAUCUCAGAAUCAUUCUUAGGAUUAUAUGAGAACGUGUCAGUUAAGUGAAUGUUGCUGCCUAGACAUGCGUUCAUUGAUGUUUACAUUUUGCUAUAUUGAGACAUUAGUAAAUAUCCUAUUUUUUGUGGAGUGAUGUUGACAAAUGCAAGGAACAAAAAGCUAAUGGACUAGAAUGCAAUAUCCUUCUGUCACAGAAGGAAAAGAUGUUUCCAGAGGAACAGCGUUUGGUGUGAUGUAUAGGUUUGGAUCAAUAAAAUGUUUAGGGCUACUUUUCUGGGCACUCAUCAAGUUCAGACCUGGACUUAAAAUUUUCCAUUGAAAAAAGUUUCAAAGUUCAGUACUGGUCUUAAACAGUGUCUGGAAAACCAGCCCGUAUCAGACUUUUACCAACCUGUGCCAAUUCCAUCUGUGUGAACUGAACUGAUGUGCUUUACAUUUUUGUGUUAUUUGAUUGAUUUUUGUCAUUUGAACUUUUUUGUUUGAUAUAUUGGGGCUUGUGUUUUACUGAUUCUCUAAUGUAGAGAUCUGUAGAAUGUAAUAUGAUAUUGUUAAUGUGGUUCUGAAGGUGAUUUUUGUUGAUAUCUCAAAUAGUUUCAUGCAGCUUUGUGAGCGGAAUUUGUGGAAAAAAAAGCGCUUACCGCUAUUUAGAAGCAUAUCUCCUUUCCUUUUUUUUCUGGUCAUCUGAAAACCAUUGUGCUACUGUAUGACAAGAUAUCUUUUGAAUAAUUAUUAAAA